UCCAGUAGGUACUAUGACCAACUUGAAAAACCAAGCUUCGCCCCUGGAACCCAACAUCCAAGCCCCUUCCUUCACUGGUCACCUGUUUCAACUCUGUAAUCCUCUAUUAGUCGCCGCUCAUUUCAGUCGGUCAGGCCUACACUCUUUUUCUCUCUUCCCUAACCUCAUCCCUCAAAAUCAGGUUGGUUAUGGAUCUUUCUUCCUCCACCACCACUUUAUUCUGCAGCAGCAUUAAUUGCUUGGGUAACUCAGAAAGUUGGUGAAGAAGAGUAGCGUUGAAGAAAUACGUAAAGGGUAUCAAUGUUUUGGGAUCUGGGUGGGGAAUACAAAUUCGAAUCGCAUUGACCACCAUGGUUCUAUUGCAGUUAGAUCCGUUUCUCAAUGAGCUUACUAGCAUGUUCGAGCGGAGCACCAAGAUAGGCUCUGUUUGGGUCACGCUUAAACGAUCGUCUUUGCAAUCAAAUUUACAGAAGACUAAGCAGAAAACUGCUGGAGAAGGCAUUGAAUUUCGAUGCCUUAUUCGUGCAACAGACGGGAAGAAGACGAUUUCUACUUCGGUUGGGGCGAAGGAUCACAUGCGCUUUCAAGCUUCAUAUGCCACCAUCCUAAAGGCCCACAUGAUAGCUCUGAAGAAGAGGGAGAGAAAAGAAAAGAAGAAAGCUGUGGAGACUGAUAAGAAAGAUGCAGGUGUGAAGAAGCCCAGGAAGGUGUAAACAAAGCCUAUAUCUAUAUGUACUUGUAUGAUUUUGUUAAGGUUAUUUUUUAAUUUAUUUUAUUUUUUUGAUAGAUAUAUUCUCAUUUGAUAUUGAAGCAUUUUGAUGAAGUUCUCUUUAGGAUUUGUAGGAAGAUCUUUCUUCUCACAUUGUUCAGUAGAUUUGAAACAUUGCUUAAUAUUCCUAAA